CUUGAUUACGUAUCAUGGAUACACAUAUUUCAUCAUAUAUUGAACUGAUUAGCAGAUCACAAAGCUGAUCAAGAGUUUGGAAAGGCAUUGGCCAUCACUAUCCUGCCCAAGCCAUACAAGCAGUAGGGAUGAGAAACUAUGGAUGCAAGAAUGGGAGAAAUACGGGACUUGUGCAGAAUCACUCUUUGGAGGUCAAUACCAAUACUUUCAUGCAGCUCUCAGUCUAAGGAGGAAAGUAGACAUGCUCCAGAUACUCGGCAAUGCAGGAAUCCAUCCAAACGGAUCUUUCUACAAAAUGACCUCAGGCAACAAACAACUCUAUCAGAUUAUACUCUGUGUAGACACCGACGGAACCAAAAUCACAGACUACCUCGGCUCCCCAAGAUCGAAUACGGGACAUUGCCCAGAAAAAAUCAAGUUCCCUCCCUUGAAAUGA